AUGAAGCCCACGGAUGCCGAGCUGAGCACGGCACGGCUCAUUCUGGAUAUUAUUUUCGAAUAUGCUCUCAACAAAUUCGACGAUUCCAGAGAUCGGCUCGAGGGAGGCGCCGAGAAUUUCCUCGCGGUCAUUGCGCACUUUGUCUCCGCUGAGACACGGGUAGAGGCAUGUCUUCCUGCAUUUCCAUUCAAAUCGGCCAACAAGGUCUACAAGGUGCUUGGCCAUCUUCCCGAUAAGGCGGAGGAGUUGGCGCUCGAGCGGUUGGAUACCAUGUGCUGGCGGAUCCAGGAGGUCUACCAGCCAGGCGCACAAGUAACCAUCAUAUCGGACGGGAUCACGUACAAUGACCUGCUCUGCAUAUCAGAUCAGGACACUUGGGCUUAUGGAGAGGCCCUGCGCAAAAUGGCGCUCCAGAAAGGAUUUGACAAUAUUGCUUUCGCCAGAAUCAAGGAUCUGGUGGACUUUCCUGCCCCUCACGAGCUGAGGGAGAUCACCUACGUGGCCAACUGCACCACUUUCCGUCGACUACUGUUGAACAAAUACGGCCAAGACGACCUUGACAUUGAUCACGAGAUUGCUACAAACCCCGACACAAAAUUGACGUUCUUGGGGUACAAGAGAUUUCUCGAGUCCGAUCUCAAGUACAUCUUCCCCCAAGGUCAAGAUCGGUCCGGAAACUCCUACAAGAGAGAUUGCAAGUACCUCGCGAAGCAGAUGCUGGUUCGGGGCCACGCCUUUGCGCGCGCCGUCAAGAGUGCAUUUCCCAACCAUCUCCGACUGUCCAUUCAUGAAUCAGUGGGCGGCACAAAAGUAUCAAUGCGCCUCCUCAACACAAGGAGUGGCUUCACGACCCCGUGGCACUGCAGUGUUGCACAGCUCGCUAAUGGCGAGUGGAUCAGCGCCCCAAUGGGGGAGCUCGAGAAGGAUGACAGGCUAGAGCUUGUGUACGAAGAUGGCCGUCCGAGCUACUACAAGGAGCUUUCGCAGGCGAGAAGCGAUGCCCUUGGGAUCACACAAGCGAAUGCCACUUACUUGCAGCCCGCCACACCACUCAGCGCCCAAGCCUACCUCAGCGUAGUAAGCACGCCUCGUAUUGUGACGCCAGAUUUGGCAAAAAGUCAUGGAGGCUCGUCAGUCUCGUCAAUUGACGCGGUCGGCACGGACAGCACACCUACGACCCCGGAGGUUCCAUCGGUGGACGGAUCCGCUCAAGGCGAUCCGGAAAAUCCGCUCCAAGUGACGCAGGACAAGGACAAAGUCGGGCAAGAUGACACACAGUACGGCAGAAGGCUUAUUCCUCAGAUCAUGGACGAACUGGCUGCUGCCGAGCCAAGUCGCCAUGUCUUUUCAUUAGCAACUCGAUCACAUGGCUCAUUGCAAUUUCGACACGUUACAGCUCAAACGUUUGCAAAAGCCGUGGACAAGACGGCAUGGUGGCUCCAAGAGGCACUCGACGACUUGCGCCACGUUCUUUUGACCUAUGCUUGCGUCAAGGUCGGAUACGCGGCUCUGUUCCUUUCACCAAAGAACAACACAGAAGGCUGCUUGGCGGUGCUUGAGGCGACCAACUGCAACAUCUGGGUCAGCGCAGCAGACGCUCUGCCAGUUCCUCUCGUCGAAGAGGUCUUUCAACAGCGUUCCAUGCAACUCCUAGCACUACCCUCACUAAACGACCUACUCGACAACCAGGAUACCAAAUCAUUCCUCUACACCAAGACCUUUGAGGACGCCAUCAACGAUCCGUUCUUGGGCGUGCUUCCGAACAUCAAUCUCGUGGACGACCUGGCAGAAUCCGCCAAGAUUGAUAUCUGGAGUAUGGUUCCGUCCCUCGUUGACGAGGUGGGCGAAACGCCAGAGAUUCUGGCCAAGCUCAAACCUUCCAAAUUUAUCUGCGCCUCUGGUGGCCCCGUCAGCCCGGUCAGUGCCAGCAAGGUGAAUGAAGUCAUCCGAGUGUUGAACCUCACUGGUACAACGGAAGGCUUGUUCAUUGGCAACCUCGUGCCCCCCAGAGAGGACUGGUACUGGUUCUGCUUCCACCCCUACUCUGGAUUCGAAUUCAAACAGGUCGAAGAAGACACGUACGAACAUUGGGUGCACCGGAAUCAGCACUGGCAGCUCUUCCAGGGCAUAUACCACACGUUCCCCGAGAAAACCUCGAUUAACUUCAAGGAUCUAUACAUGAGGCACCCAACGAAGCCCAAUCUCUGGGCCUUCAAGGGCCGAAGCGACGAUCUGGUUGUUCUUUCCAACGGAUAUAAGAUAUCGCCACUUGAAACGGAGGCUUUUGUCACCACACAUCCCGCCAUUCAUGGCUGUCUCAUUUUUGGAACAGGCAGACCCCAAGCCGGUCUGCUCAUCGAGCUGAAGGACCCAUCGCAAAAGUCCCCAGAGCAGAUUGAGAGCAUAUGGGCCACGGUCCAGAAAGCGAACUCCGUGUCUCGACACAGAAAUCAGCUCCUGCGCGACUUUGUCACUUUCUCCGAGCCAGACAAGCCUUUUAUCCGCACAGAUAAGCAGACUGUGAAGCGCUCGGCGACCCUGGCUCUGUACGCUGACUACAUAGAGCGUUUCUACACCUCGAGAAAUGACGACCUUGACGAAACCUACUCUGUAGAUCUGCAAUCGAGGGAAUCCAUCAUGACCUGUGUUCGUGGGAUUCUUGCGUCUUCCCUGCCAGGCAUCGACAGUGUCUCGGCCGAUACGGACCUCUUUGAUCUGGGGCUUGACUCUCUCGGUGUCUUUGCGGCGGUCAAGAGCAUACGAGCCGCCACCGCUCUGGGAGAUACGAUUGCCCCACGCCAUGUAUAUGCCCAUCCCACCAUUGCAGGAAUCUCUGAUACUGUGGCCAGCAUGGUGGUCGAACUGGAAGAAGCCACACGGGCAUCACCUGCGCAGUUCUUGCAUGGUGACCUUCUUCAGGACAUUAUUACGCAACACAAAGCACGCCAGUCCUUCCGGCUGAAUGCUCUGGACUACGUCAAUCCAAACCAUGGCAUGGGCUUGAUGUUUUACCUGCCUCUGCGUCCAGACACUCGCUACGCCGAUGUAUUCGACAAUCUACAGCGAGGCCUCAACCGCACAUUCGACAUGAUCCCAGCCCUGGGCGGGAAGAUUAUGGAAUGCUCUGAACAGGAGUUUGGCUACGUAAAAGGGGAUCUUUGUGUGUCAAUCCCACCACUCUCCAUGGCCAAGUCUGUGCACAAUCGUCUCGUGUACAAGGACCUGACGGGUGUGCUUCCAUGCUUCGACGAGCUGAGAAGAUCGGGAUUCGCACCCUCGGCCUUUAGAGAUGGUCUCGUCUUGCGAGAUGAUCCUUUCCCCAAGAUGCCCGCAGACAUCUUUGUCGGACAGGUCAAUUUCGUGUCAGGCGGAUGCAUCCUCGCCGUAGACCUGAACCACUGCUGUUUGGAUGGUCUCGGCGCCAUGGUCGCUCUCAAAGCCUGGGCCGAGAAUUGCCGGUAUCUGCAAGGCGACACGUCUGCCAUGUGCUCCUGGUAUGACCCGGAGAGCUUCAACCACAGUCUUCCCGAGAUUCUUCACAAGCACGAGGGUUGGGCUCGACCUGUGGAAGAUAUUGAUCCCGGCACGUGGGGUUUCCUCCCGUUCUCACCUCCUGGCGAGGACAAGACACUAUCAACUGCUUUGUCGAAAAAGGACGGGGUUCUCCCACCACGGCCAAAGUACCCUGUCCACUCGGUGUGGCCGCUACCACGCGCCGAGAGAUGUCUCAAGACAACCUUAUUCCUGAUCACACCAGAGAAAGUGGCCCAGAUGAAACAAGACGUGCUGUUGGACCCAGAGGCCAAGGGUGUCAUCACAUCCAUUAGUGACAUCGUGCAAGCAUUUUUCUGGCGGGCCGCCAUCCGAACACGGUACCGGGUGGCCAGGGAGAUCCGCAGACAGGAAUUUGGGGAAGAUGAACUGUCCAUCCUAGAACUACCCACAGAUGGAAGACCCUACUUCUCGCCACUGCUGCCAUCCACGUACAUGGGCAGCCUUCUCAUCAUGAGCCGAACAACUAUGCCAAUACAGACGCUCUGUGCGCCUGAGACCAGCAUCGGACGCGUGGCCUACCAGCUGCGCCAGUCUGCCGCCCGCAUCACGCCGUCCGUCGUCCACGAUGCCGUGUCGAUUCUGCAGUCGCUGCCCGAUCACACCCGGUUCUCCACGGCCAACAUGGGUCUGGAGCACAUGCACGCCAUGAUCUCUAAUAUGAUGCUCUUCCCCAUGGGGGAGAUCUGCUUUGGCGAUGCGCACUUUGCGAACGGGGGAGAACCUGAGUCGAUGCGGCCACAAAUUGAUCGGGGCAGUGGUCGUUUCCGUUUCUUGGUGAUCUUCCCAAUGAAGCUGGAUGGGGGAGUUGAGUUGGUCAUGGGUACCCAUCCGGAGGAGUUGAAAAUGCUCAUGGAAGAUGAGGAGUUUACGAAGUAUGCUGAGUUUGUGGAUUGCGAAUAG